AUGGUGCGGAGGUUACUAUAUGUUGGUCUGUUGCUGUAUUGUAUUUCUGGCGCUGUCGGCUCUUUGACGAAGUCGCUAAUUGUGUCACUGAGUUCGAAGUGGAACUCGACUUCGCUAAUCGCAGAAAUAAGGUAUGUUCCACUAUUUCUUUUGCAUCGUUUGGGGCGUGUCAAGUUGUGUUUGAAAAGCGAUUUGAAAGUUUAA